AUGGAGAAAUAUGUUCUUGGUUAUUUCCGAGAACAGCUUUCCAAGAUCAUCAUCGGAUUCCGAGAGGAACAGGUAAAUGCUAAUCUUUUAAAUGGGAAGGGUGAAAUUCGAGAUCUUCAAAUAAAUUGCUCCGUUGUGAACAAGAUGGUGUCCCAAUUGGUACCAUUUGCAACAUUCGAGGAAGUCCAUGUUUCUAGAUUGGGAUUUCAGGUUACUUCGUGGGCAAACCUUCGAAAGGCACCAAUAGUCGUGGAUAUCGGGUGCAUUACAGCUGUCGUUGAGGAGCCUCUCAACUAUGUUACCGGUAUGAAGAAGACAGGGAUUCGAAUGUUCACAGAAAAGGAGCUAGCACGUAUGAUUGAAGAGGAACUUUUGAAACCAUUCCGCAAAACUGGUGCUUAUGGUAUUGUGGAUAGAAUAACAGACAACUUGACAAUCGAGAUUGAAAAGAUUGAUAUAUCAUUCUCUACGAUGGGCAGAUUCAAGACUAAACGAAUUGGACCUUGGACCCCCCCUGUGCUUCAUAUUGAAUGCAGGAAUUUUCGAAGCACUGCUGUUGAUAUACAUGGACAUGAAGGAACCCCAGAACAAAUCUGGGCGCACAACCACCGACGAAACCAGGCCUUUUUGCUUUGUAGAAAAGUGGCGUUGGAGACAUGCGUUAGUCUGAAGAGCCCGGAAAAAGAAAUCACUCUGAUAAAAGGCUUGAAAUUGGAAGUUCAAAUUGCACUCAGACAGCGUUUGAGAGAUGGUCAUAUUCUAGGAAUACAGUCGGAUGUAACUAUUCCUUCGGUUGAUGUAGUCCUGGAUCAGGAGAAUCUACCUAUGGUUGCCAGUUUGAUGGCGGGACUUCAAUAUUGCGUGACGAAAGAUCGUUCUUAUGAAGAUCCGCUUCAUUCAAAAUCAGCACAGGGCGGUUCAGCUCUGGCUUCCGUCAUUGCUUCUUCAAGAAACAGCAAUCCCGAAGCAAAGACAGCUACGGCAGAGGAAGUGGCCAGCAAUUUUACACCUGAAAUUGACGAUGACAACAUUUCAGAAGGUUCUUCGUCGAGCAGCGAGGGCGACGAAGGAGUCGCGUCGGAUGCUGCACAGUCAAGUGCCGAAUCAACAAACACUUCUAAGCUGGACGUUUUGGAAAGGCCUGUUCUUGUGUUGCCACUUGGCAUCAUCAUUCACCAAGAUGUUUGUAUCACAGCUUCGAUUCACCAGGCUGUUAUAAGAGGUUCCUACGCGGGUGAGGAAGACGGAUGCGUACAACUCACAGCACAAGGAACAAUCGCGGAGCUGAUUUGGCCCAAGGCCAAUAGCGAAUUUGGUUUCCAUGCCCAAGCAUCCGUUGCGUACUGUACUCUAGAAGAGGCAUAUGGUAAUCAGCGAACGACCCUUUUUAUCAAUGGAAUAGCCCGGAAAGACCAUAGCUCAAUGGGUAACAAACAAACGAACGCAGAAGAGAUCAGCUUUGACGAGAAUUUUCCAUUUUUCGAGAAGCGGUCUAUUCGAAAUGAUCCUCUCGAUCUACGUCGGACUUUCCCAAGUCAAGGUGUUGGGCAGAAACUUACCGUGGAUUUCUUGAAUAAAGACUUGGCCAACCCCAAGGUGUUCAACGAGACUGGCAUCAAUCAGGUCGAGAUAAUCUUGGACUUGCAACCGUGGUGGCGAGUCACUCGCUUUGUGUUGAAUGAGCCAAGUGGCGGAUACGAUCCUAGGCUACAUUCUGGUGACUGGUCAGAUGUGUUGACUGUGGAUAUGCUUCAAGAUCCCACAAAACCGAUUGACCUCGAUGAUCAGCUACAAUUUACAAAACAAAAGUUUCUUGGUGAUGACUACAUGCUUUCAUCAGAUGUAUUUAGUGCUGUUGUCCGUCUUACGAACAUCACAAUCCGCUGCCCUGCGGCAAUAAAAGAGAGUGUUCGAGCAUGUGAUUUGCUAUUGGAACUAGAGGAAGUAACGGUCACGGUCACUUCAGAUCUGCCGAGGUCUUUCCUGACUGGAAAACUCUCAAAUUGGGAAAAAGAAGAUGAAACAAACAACAAAAAAGUGGAGUUUCCAAAUGAUCAUUCAGACAUUCUGUUUCACAUCGAAAGCGAGCAGGAUUCCCUGUUGGCUCAUCAGGCUUCGUCGAAUUCCAAGAUUUCAUCAACCUUUCGUCAGCAGAUCACUGUGCGGGGAUUUCAAAUGAGAAUAAUUCCUGUGGUUCCUUUUUGCAAUGCUUCUGAUCCACAACAGUUGUUUGCUCCUACUGAUGUAACUCUAAUUGCAUCCCUCGAGGGAGGAAGCCCUUCGGUCGAUGAUGAAGCUGCAAAACUGGUAUUUUACCUCUCGAUCCAUGUUCACAAAGCGUUUCUCAAUCUCGAUCUCGAUCUAAUUGCUGGUAUGACAAGCACUCUUCUUUAUCAUGGUGAUACAGUUAUUGAUGCCUUGAAACACGUGAAAGAUAUGGGGUCGAGUGCAAAGAACAAAACUAAAGUACGCAACCAGAAGGUUGUUAAGAAGUCAAUGACGGGUAGACAGGAGAUGAUACGGCGGCAGGUUUUGCGGAGUAAAGCAGCUGCAGGACUCUCUAUAGUUGUUUGUUUACAGCUGUCUGAGUUUGGUCUUUCCUUCUGGCGUCAGAACAUUCCGUUGGAAAGCCCUGUGAUAUCAACUGACAGCAAAGAAUCCAGCCUUUCGUUCGACGCAAGUCACAUUGCUGCAUUGAGGCUACUGGAAAUUCGAAUAGAGAAUUUUGAAGUUGGAGCUGAGUUUGGAUUUAGAAAUGAAAAAGUAUCGCGGACAGUAUUGAAAUGCUGCCUGGAACGUUUUCAAGUACGACUUUGUAGGGUUCGGAACAACCUGAAGCAAAACAGCCCCACAUUGAGUUCAGAUGCACAGGAACAUCAUGACAGUAUGGUGGAGCUUCUUUCUUUCGGUGGGAAACCUGGACAGGACAAGGUGCUGAGCACCCCAAACGAGGACCCGCCAAUUGCUAUCAGAUGCGAAGAACUAAAGUGUAAUGACUCAAAAGCGUGGUCACUGGCUGCCAAAGUAACCUCUUCGGCGAUUUUGAAUCUCUACUUUGAUGAACUAAAGGAUUGCGCUGCAUUGUGCAUUGAGGCACUAAUGAUGCCAAGCUGGUCCAAGAGAAAUCCCCGAAAUGUAGGCAACGUAAUAUUUCCUCCGCAUUCGCUGGGUGCUUUCUUUCAUUCCCUCAUACCCAAGAUGCAAUCAAGCGGGAAAAAGACAAAGAAUCUCGAUAUCGAUUUCGGUUCAAAUUUCGAGGAACCGGCAGUUGAGCGCAUGAUGAAGAAGUUUCUCGAGGAAUUUCUGCCGCAUCUAGAUAUGAUUUUGUGCCGUUGCGAACUCGCAAAUUUCACCAUACAAAUACCUAUUGGUCCAUCCAACAGCAAGCGAAUUGGUUUAAUCCUUAACCAAUCUGACCUCUCUAUGAUGUUAUGCCCAGAUCCGGAUCGAUUGGUCCACGAAAUUGAAGAGGUCCUAUCUACCGAAACAUCGAAGUGGCGCUUCAUGAUGGCGUCAAAAGCCAGUGGUUUGCAUUUGGGAUUUUUGUCACGCUCCAGUCUUUUCGCGCACCCUUCUACUGAUCCCAACAGUGAUGUUCAAAUCCUCGUACAGCCAUGUGGUAUUGACGUCACUUACUCUGGAGGGCGGUUCGACCUCUCGAUGAGUGACAAUCUACGAAUAGGUGAUAUUCGCUUGCUUGAAGCUCAAGUAUCUCACAUGAAAGAGAUCACAAAGAAUUUCAAAGACAGGACACUGGAUCUUUCUGCCCAGCUUUCCACGUUGCCUGCAUGGCCAAGCGCAAAAGGCAAAGGGUUUGAUGUCCAUGCGAAAGAAACAAAAUAUGAUGGAGAGGAGGAGACGGCGAACCUUCGUGCAGUUCGCAAUUCUCGAUCCCUACUGGAUAUGUUGCACACUGAGCUUGUCGAGUACGAACAGAGGGUCAGAGAUGAGCUUGGGAAAAAGGAUUUAAAGGUGGCUCUUUUGCAAAAGGAAGUGUUCGUCAAGGAACGAGAACGCUUCAGUGCGGUGUCUCUUUUGGCGUCACGUGCGUCUGGUUGGAUUCGAAUGGGUGGUGUCCACUUGGUUGGUCAAAGAGUCACUAGGAAGGCAACAAUGCUGCCUUACUGGAUGAUUCUCCGAAAGGAACUGAUUCUCCUGUUCAGCGCACCUGGGGAGCUCCGGCCACUCGAUGCAGUACAACUAGGAGGCGCUACGAUAAGAGAUCUCGGUGGAGCAGGUGUCAAACGAGGUUUUGCAAUAGUCGAAAGAGACAACACUACAAGGUUUUUCGUCUGCGAAUCUGCUGCCGACUAUACGGUUUGGAUAAGCGAUCUAUCAGCCGCUAUUUUGGCUUGCAACGGGACAGUAGAUGUGGGCGGAACAGUAGACGAAAAAGGCGAUGCUAGUGGUAACGUGGAAAAAAGCCUUGGCAACAUGGACACAGUCGAAGGAGAAGGACCGGGUUUGCGGGAGAAAAUCAAUCUAUCAAAUCGUCUUGCAGGUGCAAAGAACAAGUUUGGUUCUGCGAUACAAACAGCACGGCAGAAAGGAAGGGUAGUGUCUGACACAGCUAGGCAGAAGAGCAAGGAAAUGUCAGAUCGCUUCGACGGUAGUAGCAAGGGUUCACUGGGGUCGACGGAUAGGUUUGAAUCCGAAGAUGCCCGUUCUACGACUGGAAACAGCACUACUGAUGGUGAGGGUAACGAGGGCAAAGGCCGUUUCAGUAGAUUUGGAUCAGCACUCCAAAGUGCACGACAACGAGUUCGUGAAACCGCUGAAGAAAAACAAGGUUCCCUAGCUGGCCUACGCAAUAAAAUCCCAGUGCCAGGUCGGCUAACAAAGGGAGACAAUCGUCCAACGGAAGUGGAGGUGAUACACAACGACUCUAUUGAAAUUUAUUCCUGGAGAUGCCGUGCAUGCACUUACACCAGCAAUGUCGAGAAUGCUCCAACUGUACAAUCGACUUGCGAGAUGUGUGGGUCUCCAUGGCAACCAGAGGAAGUAAACGACCAGGAAGCUUCAGCGCCCGCUGCUCCGUCACCAAACGAUCCGAAUGCGAGCUCUAAUCACAGUCCCUUGACACCAGUUGAAGAAUCCCAAGAAGGGAAUACGGGUGCAAACCGUGGCGAUACCAACCGCCGCGGGUUUCUUGGAAUUGGAGGUGGUCUACCAAAACAAGAUGGCAUGAAUCUCCAAGGAAGGUUCAACUUCCGGAAGAAAAACAGCGAUAUCAGCGAAAGGUAUUCACCAAUCACGAUGCGAGAUAUUUUUGCUCGAGGACGAGCCCCACCCUUACCUGACCACGCAUUGGAUUGGGAACCGUUGAAGUUGUUUGAAGGUCGUUGGAUUGUAUCUGUGACACCGGAACCAGUCGACUCCAAUAUCUCAAAAUCUACCACAGAAACAGAACCCCAGGAAGUGCCGUCUGACAAUACUUCUGAACAAAACAGUGAUUUAGCUCAUAAGCCUUCUUCCGCACCAGGAGAGAAUGUUCGAGCUUUCUUCCGCAUCAAGGUGCGACAAUGCGACAAGAACCAUAAAGAUUCUUCGUCAGAGAAUCUCCGCACACUGGGUGAUAUUCUUGAAAUCUAUACCCAAGUUUCGGAAGAUAUUGAGCGGAUUGCAGCACAGCUCCUUCAAGUCGAUACCACCAAUGGCCAGGUAUCAUUAAGCGACAGGGAGAACGUGGUCGAUAAACUAGUGGUUUGCGGUAUGAUGCUGGGUGGCAUCUUGGAUAUGGAUGAGAUGUCCAACCUUUUGAACAAGACUCGCAACUACCAAGCGGAUGUAUUGGAGGGAUUCUUGAACUCAGUACUUGAAUGCCCAAUGCCAGUAGGCACCCUAGGAAGCCUUACAGAGGUUCUUGGAAUAUGUGUUUCGACUAAAGACGUCACCCUCGUACCAUCUCAAACAGAAUCUAGAACAGAAAGUGCGAAAGAUGACACUGUGACUUCAACUAUUGAACUUGGUGAAAACCGGAAAGCUAACAAAGAAGACGACAUGUUGUUGUCGGCAUCACAACUGGAACCAGAGAAAAUGCUCUCUCUAAUCUCUACUUGCGGUGCUCAGAUGCUUCGAGCCGAGUACAAUAGUCCACGGCCUACAAAAAACCGACCUGUGACACAGUCAGAAACCGAAGCUCUUCCGGUCCCAGCGGUUAUUAAUAAAUUUACGGCCUUUGGAUCGCCGCUUCUGCCAGCUUCGAUCCAAAAGGAACUUCAAAGACCUUUACAUGACGCUCUCAUUCGAAUCAUGGCUGAACGUGACGUGUCAAAUGCACAACUCAUUGGAAGCAGUGUCCUACAUGCCCAUGCACUCGAAAAUGAGAAGCGAAAGAAUAGAUUGCUUGAGCUGGAACUCGAGGUUUUGCGUCGGUUGUCGCAGGCAAAUCAGCCUAGUGGUAACUUAUUCGGUGGCCAACUAGCUGCCACUGUGCCACACAAGGAUCUGGAAGCAAAGGUGAAGAAGCUCCAGCUUGAAAACAGUGACGACAUGAUGAUAGCAUUAAGUCAACAGCUUGGAGUAGAAAUUCAUGCCAAGACUGAGCUUGAGGCUGAAAUCAAGAGGAUGAAAGAGAGCGAUAAACUCAAAAGUGAGGUUGAAAUAGCCGAAAACGAAGCACUGAAAAAAGAACUAAAGAGGGUGAAGGAUCUCCUGGCUGCAGAGGAGCGCAGUAAACAAAGCGCCUUUAUGGAAUCUGAAAAGUAUAAGGCUUCAUACGAACGCCUGAAGGCAGAGCAUGGAGAAAACUAA